AAAAUAUUAGAGUCUCCAGCCGUACACGUGUACCUAGUGCUCCACGAGUCCACCGACCCACUCCACGUAAAUCCCAAGCUCUUCAACCUCCCUCUAAUUAUUAUCCGCCACGUGGACUUUCAGUUUCUCCCCUAUUUUUCCGGUCCACAAAAAGGCCUCCGCCGUCUGCAUACUGACCGGAGAACGUCGGACGUGGACACCUUUCGUAAAGUUUCCCUAUUGAUUUCCCCAAACUACCCUCGCCUGGCUCUUAAAUUUCCACUCCGAGUACCCUCUUCUUCCUUUCCGCCCUUCCUGGCUCCUGCAAUACUUGUCUUAAUUCUUCUUCUCACUACUCGCGUCGUUGCUCCACUUCCCUCCCUGCAUCUCGGGUUUCAGCAUAACAGACGCCGGAAAAAAAAAUGGCGGACAGCGGUGGCGGCGGCGAUAGCUGCCACGACGAGAAGUUUUCCCUUCUAAGCGUAGACAGCAACGGAAUCGACCGCUCGUGGCGGUUGAACUUCGACGGAUACCAGCGGUCGCCAGAGCACAAGGAGAAAAAGCAGCCUCGUGGAAUCCACGAUUGCUGUCCAGGAGUUUCAGGUUCCUCUUGGGGAGUUGAGAUAUGGCGGUGGCAGCAUGGUGGGCAUGUUUGUUUUUUUGUCCUUGUCUGUGCUCUUCUGGUCACUUUAUUAAUCUGGUUUUGGGGUUGUCAGGCUAACUGAAACCCAGAAAUGGAAUUUCAUUUGUUUCACCAAGUAGUCCAUGUUUCGAUUGGCUAGUAUACGAGCAUAUGAGUUGAACGAUGCAGUUUAGCAGAUGUUUACAAAUCAAGGCAGAUGACUGAAUUUCAAGCUUGCUUUCUCUGCUUGAAUGUCCUAGAUUUGGUAGAGGAAGAGGUCCAGAAGAUCAUAUUGCAGUGUACUACCAGCAGCAGGUAGAAAUGCUAGAGGGAUUCACUGAGAUGGAUGCCUUAGCAGACCGUGGCUUUAUUCCUGGAAUGUCAAAGGAGGAGGAGGAAAGGUUGGCGAAAAGUGAGACUUUUGCCAUUAGAAUCUCAAAUGUGGCUAAUAUGAUUCUUUUUGCUGCAAAGGUCUAUGCAUCAGUCCGAAGUGGUUCAUUGGCCAUUAUUGCUUCGACUUUGGAUUCUCUACUCGAUCUUCUUUCAGGCUUCAUCCUCUGGUUUACUGCUUUCUCCAUGCAAACUCCAAACCCUUAUCAAUACCCUAUUGGAAAGAAGCGCAUGCAGCCAUUGGGAAUUCUUGUUUUUGCAUCUGUAAUGGCGACUCUGGGACUGCAGAUAAUCUUGGAGUCGGCACGUGCAUUAAUGUCUAGUGAGAAAGAAUUUGUUCUUACCAGAGAUCAAGAGCGUUGGGUUGUGGGGAUAAUGCUGUCAGUAACCCUGGUGAAACUGCUUCUGAUGGUCUAUUGCCGCACGUUUACCAAUGAGAUUAUCAAAGCCUAUGCUCAAGAUCACUUCUUUGAUGUUGUCACAAACUUCAUUGGCCUUUUUGCUGCACUUCUUGCCAACUACAUUGACGCCUGGAUGGACCCUGUUGGAGCCAUAAUUCUGGCAUUGUACACAAUCCGGACAUGGUCAAUGACCGUUCUGGAGAACGUGCACUCCCUCGUUGGCAAAUCGGCUACUCCAGACUAUCUCCAGAAACUCACCUACCUCUCAUGGAACCACCACAAAUCCAUCAGGCACAUUGAUACGGUCCGGGCUUACACGUUCGGUUCCCACUACUUUGUGGAGGUUGACAUCGUGUUGCCUGCUGCUAUGCCACUGCAGGAGGCCCACGACAUUGGCGAGUCGCUGCAGGAGAAGCUAGAGCUGCUGCCAGAGAUUGAGAGAGCCUUUGUUCAUCUCGACUAUGAGUACUCGCACAAACCCGAGCAUGCUCAAUCAUAAGCAGCAGCAGCCAGGAUGACAGAAUGUCCUUUAUCUUUUUUUCCAGUGUCAUGGUCUUGUUGCUCUCUUCCAUUGCUGCUCCCUCCAGUUCCUUCUGCAAUCCUAAUCAAACACAGCAUUUUGUAAUGUUGAAUUAGGGUAGGUGGAGCAGAGUGUAAGGGCAGAGGAGAUGGGAUGUGGCAUGUGGGAGAAGGUGGAGGAUGGUUACUUAGUGUUGCUUCAUAGAUAAGAAUUAAAGUUGAAUCCUUUCCUAAUUGUAUGAUUUUUGUCUGCUCUAUGCAAUCCAGUCCUCUCAAGUUCUGUUAUAGGUAGAAUUCAUUUUUGGUUGGGUGGCCCUGUUUUCUUUUUUUACUGAGAAAUGUCAAGAAAGAAACAAUAGUUGCAAGAAAUAUUUCACCAUAAAAGCGCC